GUUGCCAUAAAAGAAACCGCUGAAUACCUUAAUUCUCGUAAAUCCUAUCGUAAAGGCAUACAUGAGAACGAUAAAAAAUUUGACAUUGAAAAUUUUAUCUCGACAUUUUGUAAAUAUAAAAAUGUAAUUAACUUUAUUAAAAACAACGAAAAAGAAUUGAAAAAUUUUACCUUGGCAGCCAUGGCUCAAGAUGGGGUUAUAUUUUGGGAAACGAUUCAUGAUAAGUUUAUAAAUUCUAACCAUAAUGAAUUAGAUUAUUACUUGAGAGAUAAAUUACAGCAAAUGAAGCUUACGCGAGAAGGAUUUAAAACUAGAAUCAAACAUUUAAAUUAUGACAAUGUUAAUUCAUAUAUCAUUGAUCGAGAAUCAUAUAGAUCAUUGUUAUUAAAAGAUCAAGUUUUUAACAAAGAAAAAUUUGUUUCUGUUUAUUACCCAUAUUGUGAUACUAUGGAAAGAUUUAUUAAAACUGAUAUAGAAACAUUAGUGUUACUCAUUGAACAUUAUAAAAAUUUUGAUAGAAUAUGUUUUAUCAAAAAAGAAUUAAAUACAAA